UAGGCGCUGCGCUAGCGUGGUUUCGAGAUAACACGUUUGCUGUGCUGCCGGUUUGGCGGGUUCUUGUGCAAAUUGUAGUGCAUGAAGUAUCAUAUUAAGUGCGUUUUGGACGAGAUUUCUAGAAUAUCUAACAUUUCAACGUUUAUUUUCAGGUAAGAAUUGUAAUAGAAUGCUGAAUUUCAAUGUAUUGUCUCGGUAGUUUGCCAGAUCAUAACCAAUAGACGUUCAAGGUCAAAGUCUCCCUUGCCUUUGUGUUGUUUGGCGGGGUUUUAUGUGGCGCGAAGCGCGGGCAAGAUGGUGUCUCGUGAUGAAUUGAAGGAGCAUUUUUCUAAUAUGGGGGCUUCGUUAACUGAUGUUACCCUACACAAAUGUGAAGAGCUAUGCCUUGCGUACUCGGUGGACGAGGAAGAAUUGGCGGAAACAUGGAUGGCCUACAGUUGCUCCAAGAGCCUGGACAUCGACCCCACCGUAGACGCUCUGAAUCAGAUGGAACGUGCGGAGUUCGGAAACCGGAAAAAGGCGGCAUCCGUCCCCCUGACGCCGUCGUCCAACGCGAGCCUCGUCGUCUACAACAGCGCCCUCGCGGAUGAUUCAUUGUAUCCUUUCGCGUUUUCAGAACGCCAGUUAAACAGCGCCUCAGAGCGUGGAGGGUAUAAAACGACGCGAGAAGGAAAUAAUUUUGAGGUGAAAGUCGCGCGGUGACGAAAACCAGGGGUUUAUUUCCGAUGCAGCCAUUGAAGUCUCCGAAACGUCCUUGACUAUUGUGCUAGCGAGGACGACAUCCUGACAUCGUACAGCGCUACCCCGAAGGCCAAGAACGCGCACAAAAAGAUUUCAAAUACUCCUGAUCAUCGGAGCAGCCCCAGAGUAAUAUUCUCUCCCGCUAGCUUCUCCCCAAAUGUGUCCACUCCAUCUGCCCGAUAUGCUACACGUAAAAAUUCAGGUGCUGUUUUGGCCACCUUUGGAAGUGCGGAGAAAGCUAAUUGGUACUCUUCUACUCCAUACCUGCCUUCCGUCAAGAUAGUCUCUUCAGUGCCCCCUGACUCCUGCUACAUGUUUGACACUCUCAGAGAGAGGGCCACUUUGCAUGAAGACAACAUGAAGUUUUUGACAAAGGUUUUGUGCUCGAAGGCAGGAAUCUCAGAUAUUCUGGACAUGAGCCAAAUACAUAUGGAUGUCUUUGAAAGCUGUGGGAGAGUCUGCUACACUACAGGAAGUAGUCUUUCGGAUAAGAAUGUUUGUCUAGAGAGCUUACCUGGCUUGCACAAAUCAUGUAUUGUGCCUAUGGAUGUGAAGGAAGUGCCAAAGCUGUCCCUAUUUCCGGGUCAAGUGGUGGCUAUUAAAGCUACGAAUCCCACACGAUCACAAUUGGUCGUCAAGGAUAUUAUCAGUGAUGCAACAAUGCCCCUUUCAGAUGAGCCUUUGCAUUUGCCUGUUAAAGACGGUGCGUUGCAAGUUGUAAUUGUGUCGGGUCCCUACACCCCUACUGACACAAUGACCUACCAGCCUUUUGAGGAUUUUGUAGAUUACUUGAAGAAACAUAGACCACAUGUUGCAAUUCUUAUUGGGCCUUUUGUGAGUGCUGAUCACACCCAUGUAAAAGAUGGACUUCUUGCAGAAACUUUUGAAUCCUUCUUUGAGAAGCAAGUGGACAAUCUUAUGCAAUCUGUGGCAGGGUUGCAGAUGCAGGUCAUUUUGGUUUCCUCUGCAUGUGAUGUCCAUCAUCAUCCAGUUUUUCCAACACCAGCAUAUACAUUGAAGAAGAAUUAUGCCAACUUGCAUUUAUUGGGUGAUCCCUGCGUUUUGGAUGUGGAUGGUCUGAAGAUAGGUGUGACAUCAGUUGAUGUUCUGAAACACAUAGGGAAUGAAGAAAUAGUUAAUGCUGCUUACAGCCAAGAUCGAUUAGGACGCAUAGCAAAACACAUUCUCAUGCAAAAUAAUUUCUAUCCUUUGUACCCUCCAAAUGAAUCGCUCAAUCUCGAUACAAAACUUUGGUAUGAUUACUGCCAUCUUCAGUUUACCCCUCAUAUCUUGGUGUUGCCUUCAGAUUUACGUGCAUUUAUAAAGGAGGCAUUUGGGUGUGUGCUUGUGAAUCCAGAGCACUUAGCGAAGGGACUAGUUGGAGGAUCAUUCGCUCGCCUAGAAAUUAAGGCUGUAGAGAAAUGGAACCCAUCAUGUGUUGCUGGCCAGAUAGUAAAGAUAUAGGUCUUUUCUAAACUUAAUGUUUUUGCAACUUACAUCCAGUUAGAAGUGACAUGUGAAAUAUGCAUUGUUUUCAAUAAGGAUGUUACAUAUUAUUUUUAGCAAGACUACUUGUGUAUGGUAUUGCAAUUGUGAACCUUGUACAAAUAAAACUGUGAUAUUUUGUAUGCAACAAAUGAAACUUGUAUUAGCAAAAUAAAGAUUUGCUUUGUGAUUCCA